AUGAGAAAAAAUAGAGCUGCAAGAGGCGAACGAGAGAAGGGCCUACUACCUAGUGAGUCGAAUCACCCAGAAGAAGCACGCACACACAAACUAGAAAGUGUUGUUGUACGAAUAAAAAAAUUGGAGAAAAACGAAAAACCAACUCUACAUGUCGAUCCAAAUGAUAAAACAGUCCUCUACUUUGACAAAGGUUUCGAAAUUGAACAGUAUCAUUUUGACCUUGUAUUUGAUGGAGACGAUGACAAUAAAAAAAUUUUUCUCGAAAUAGGAGGACACAGGAUUGUACACAACGCUUGUAGGGGAUUUAAAGAAACGAUCAUUACUUAUGGACAAACCGGUAGUGGAAAAACAUACACUCUUUUUGGAUCGAAUGAAGAAUUAGGAAUAAUUCACUACUUUUUGCAUCACUUAUACAGAGUGAAGCGUAGUGAAGUGACGAAGAAAACGAUAUACUUGAGUAUAUAUGAAGUUAUUGGAGACAAGCUGGUCGAUCUUAUGACGAAUGUGAACGAGAGAAACGCUCAGUUUUACACGCAGGAUUAUUACUUGAAGACCAUAAGGCAUUCCUACAAGGUGGUAAACGUUGCGAGCUUCGAGAUGGCAAAGAAGCUCAUCGACACCGCCUGUCUGAUGCGCAACGUGGAGACCACCUCGCAGAACCGCAGGUCGAGCCGUUCCCACGCCAUCAUCCAUCUAUUCGUAAACAUAUCCGACUUCACGCACCACGACGGAAUGGAGACUACCCGGGACUACUACGGCGUCCUCACCUUCGUCGACUUGGUGGGCUGCGAGCGAGAGGAGUUCAACACAGAAGCGAACCAAAGCAGGAAUGAAAAAACGUCGACCAAGUUUCUCAACUCCUCCCUCACCUCGCUCAAUAAGAUGCUCCGAAAAAUGCAGAUGGGAAACCUGGACGAGUCGGACAAAAGGCAGAGCGUUCUGUGCAAAGUUCUUUUUAACUACAUUAAGAAGACCUGCGGCGUGUGCCUCAUCUUUUGCUUCAACCCGAGGCAAUGCCAGAAGAGCCUGACCAGCUCCACGCUGAUCAUGGCCAGCGACUGCAAAAAAAUAAAAAGCAAAAGGAAGCAGCUGAUUUACGUGAAGACCGAAAACAGGGAUCAGUUCUUUAAAAGAAUGACCCACGGCAAGUGUGGAAACAACGAGGGGCGAAGUGGAAGGCGCAAUGGGGGGAGUCCCCUGUCAGGAGAAUCCCCGUCCAGGACGACUAAGAAGGAUUCAUCAAGGGGGGCAUCUACUGGAAAAGGCGGAGAGAUGGCGGGAGAGGCGGUGAGAGAGGCGGUGAGAGAGGCGGUGGGAGAGGCGGAAGGAGCACCUUCUAAGCCAACCGCUAUUGGCACCGCUAUCUGCACCGCUAUCGGCGCCGACGCCACGGUGGUGCUUGUUCACUCCGGAGACGCAACGGGCCACCACAACGGCACGCACGUCUUACCGUUUAGAAAGGGAAACGACAAACAGGAAGCACUUAAAAAAAUCCUAUACGAAUUGAUUGACCAAAAUAAAGAGGAAGAAAUGGAAAGGGAGAAAACGAUUCAGCAGCUCCAUAGCAGUGUCGAUAAGUUAGCUAAGGAGUGUUCCUAUUGGAAGAGACAGGCACACAACUACUACAAAAAGUCAAUAAUGCUACAUAGGAACUACACUAAGACCAGAGAGCUUCUAUUCAACACGUUGCACAGUGGUGAGAACGACUUUUCUGUAGGAACGAUCGGCUCCUCCACAUCGUGUCAUUCGUUUGUCCAUCCCGAUGAAGGUAACUCUCUCCCCCAUGGUGGGAAUACACACACAAAGGAAAAUCAACACGUUAAGAAAGAGUCUCUAAAUUGGGAGAAAAAACAACUCUAUGAAAAAUAUGAUCCAGUUCGGUCGGGAGAAAUACAAACGGGGGACAUCACCUCAUACCAAAAAAAAUAUUGUGACAUGUCCUCUAGGCAGGCAAGCAAUCAGGGUGGUCUCUCCAAAGGGGUAUACUCUUUUAUUGGAUCAAAGCAGGGAAGGAAAGGAGAGCACAAUGGUGGCUACUCCCAUCACAUGGAGACUGGAGGGCAUUUCGAAGCAGGGGCGUUCGAGGAAGAAACGCGCGAGGCAGAAACGCGCGAGGCAGGGACGUUCGAGGCAGGGACGUUCGAAGCAGAGACGUUCGAAGCAGAGACAUUCGAAGCAGAGACGUUCGAAGCAGACAUGCCGAAAAGGAGAGACAACGAGGAGGGACGUACACUGAGACAGGGGAGCUACUCAGGGGCGGGGACAUCAUCCACGUACACACGGUCGGGAUGUAAUAAAGUGGAGAAUUUCGAACCAAAGAUUGUCGGGCGGAACGGUGAGCAGGUCAUAAUAAAGAGCAAGAGCUCGGCGAAGGUACCAACAGGAGGUACUCAAUUGGAGACGAAGAGAGACGUUAGAAAUGCUAACCAGAUCACCAUCGACUCGCUCACAACCAAAAUACGGAAUCGAAUUUUGAAGUCGAGGAGCCUUUCCACGGCGGGAAAAACAGGAGCUGGGCAUGACUACCAUUUGAGAUCCACCCUUCAUUUCAGCAUCCUCACGCUAUGGUGA